GCACUCAGUUGGCGAGUCCAUGCUAACGUUGUUCCUCUCUAUCACCGGAGGGAUCAGUUGGCAAGAUGCCCUGGCACCCUUGAGAGAAAUCUCGGCCUUGGCUGCCACUGCCUAUCUCGCGUACAUAAUUAUCGCAGUAUUUGCGAUUCUCAAUGUGGUGACAGGUGUCUUCUGCAAUAUGGCUAUCGAGAGUGCGCGGGCAGACAAG